AUGUCUACUCCCCAGAAGAACCAAGAAGACGCUCUCAACUUUCUCCUAGUGGAAUAUCUUCACCUCAGGGAACGAGGUGGAUGGGCUUGGCGAAUCGGGCCAUUUCUCCAGUCGACGAAAUACAGGGAGCAAGAAAAGGGAGCACUCUGGGAUGAAGUCAUCAAACUGAUACCCCCAGGCGAGACAGCUCAUCAAGGCACUGUCAAUGACGACGACCUCAAAAAUGCAUGCAAGGAGCUCUUCGAGACGCAGACGCCCCAGACGAUAAAAAUGAGCAUUCAGAAUGGAACGCAACUACUUCCCUUCCUCGGACUCCACUUCCAGCAAAGCUUCGAGAAAGAAGCCACCGAUGCAGUAAAAGCACUGUACGACAAGGAUGAGGGAACGUACUGGAAACUGCCCCGGCGCCCCGGGGGUCUCUUAGGUCUGGAUUUGUUCGUGGUAUCAGAGAGACUCGUACCAUGGCAACAUAUUCCAGAUGGCGCAUCCGCAGCAGAACGCAUUUGUGGGCCUGAUCGUACCCCCUGGGGAUAUGAUACCUAUGAUAAAGAAUUAGAGAGGAUGGCACAGGAAGAAGCUGGAACUCGGCCGCGUCGACCUAAACCAAGCUAUUCCAACUGGAAUCGCAAAAGUCUUGCGUACGAAUACGUAGGCGACCUGGCGAUAUUCGUUACAGAUGACGAAGCCGAGGCAUAUGUGAAGGGCCUCCACGCCGAUAAGCGAACAGAGUUCAACACCAUCACGGAAACCGAAGCGUUAGCAAAGAGGGUUCCGAAUGAAAUCUCAGUAUAUGAGAUACUAACCCCGAAUGCGGGGGCGCCUGAGACUCGUCUCGUUACCAUCCACGAAAUCCAUUUCAGCAUGGACCACAGAAUCGACAUUACCAGAAUUUAG